AUGCCAUCUCAACCACUGGAAAUAUGUUGCGGCUGUCCUUCUGGAAUUGAAGAUAUGAAAGAUGAGGAUACCAUGUUGGAAGGGAGUUUCUUCACCAUCUACAAAAAACAUGGAAAACCCAAGCACACAUUUCAUCAUAUUUUGUGUUUUUCUUUUUCUACUUAUCUUUCAUUUAGCCCAACAACAUCACAAGAAGUUGAGGAUGAGAGGGAGUUUGAUUAUGUGAAAGGGAGUGGUAAGGGGCCUGAAAAUUGGGGAGAUAUACAUGAGGAAUGGGCAAUGUGUAAGAAUGGAGAUAUGCAGUCUCCAAUCGAUUUGUUGCAUGAAAGAGUGCAGGUAGUGUCCCAUUUAAGGAGAUUAAAAAGGCAUUACAAGUCAUCCAAUGCGACCCUCAAGAAUAGAGGACAUGAUAUAAUGUUGAGAUGGAUUAAUGGGGCAGGAUCAAUUCAUGUUAAUGGAACUGAAUAUGUACUACGACAGUGCCACUGGCACUCUCCUUCAGAGCACACCAUAAAUGGCAAGAGCUAUGAUCUAGAGGUGCACAUGGUUCAUGAGAGCUCCAAUGGACAAGUAGCCGUGGUUGGAAUCAUGUACAAAAUUGGACGACCGGACUCAUUUCUCUUAGAGCUGAUGGAACAUAUCAGAUCUAUUGCUGACAUUCAUGAAAUGGAGAGAGAUGUGGGAGUGGUUAACCCAAGGCAUUUAAAGAUGGGAAGUAGGAAAUAUUAUAGAUACCUGGGAUCUCUCACUACCCCUCCUUGCAAACAAGAUGUAAUCUGGACAAUGGUUAAAAAGGUGAGGACUGUUUCAAGAGAGCAAGUGAAAUUACUAAGGAUGGCUGUUAACGAUAAUGCAGAGAUGAAUGCAAGACCAUCACAACCAAUUAACGAACGGGAAAUUCACUUCUACACUCCAAGGCUUAGCGAUGUGGAUGGCGUGCGACCAUGACUUCAAUGGGG